UUGAGUUUAGUUGAUAUUGCGGCUAGACGAGUUUAUUGGGUUGAUCCGAAAGUUGACCGGGUUGAAUCGAUUGAUUACAGUGGUAAUGAUCGACGGAUUAUUGCGCAGGGAAUGAACCACGUUCCACAUCCAUUUGGUUUGACAAUAUUCGACCAGUAUCUGUACUGGACUGAUUGGACGCGACUAGGUGUUGUGCGGAUCGAGAAAUUUGGAUCGCCCAGUGAAGUCAUUUGGACAAAGAAGGAAAACAAUGUAUUCCCGAUGGGCAUCGCAGCUUAUCAUCCAAUGGCACAGGUUGGCCCGCAGCACAGCGAAUGCUUGGGUCUCAAAAUUGACAAUCCAUGUGUUGAGGCUGAUUGCCAAGGAAUGUGUAUCCUCAGCAAGGAUACUGGUGGCUUUGGCGUUGGUUAUCGAUGUGUCUGUCCCAUUGGGCAGAAACUUGUUGAUGACAAACGAUGCAUUGAUUCCACCGAUUAUUUGCUGUUCAGCAGUAAUAAAAUAGUGCGCGGUAUUUUCCCUGAAAUGAUCCAUAGUUCGCUAAGCGAGGCCAUCCUACCAAUAUCACCUGUAUCACAGCGCCGGAUUGGCAUGUAUUUCGAAGUGGAAUGCGAUAUUCACGGCGGGAGCUUCUUUUAUGCCGAUAUUAUGGAUAAUACAGUUUACAGGUAA